GCACUUGAACGUAGCAUUAGGACCUCGGUAUGCUGUAGCUCUGUCGUAGUCAAUGACUGGUCGUAGUACUGACAAGCUAAGCAUAUGAUGCUAGGCUAGCUAGCUGAUGAUAGCUUUUCUGUUUGGUAUUGGUGAGAGGCUGUAGUCAGUGUGUGUGUGUAGCCAAAGCCAGCUAGCCGCAGACAGACAAGCAACGACGCUAGCAAGUCUGAUAAUUGUAUUUUUGCAAUAGGACACAGCCAACGUUAUCUAGCUCGCUGUCUUGCAAACGUCAGCACGCUCGGGUAGUCAACAAGCAAGUGAAAAGUAGCGUAGCUAGUCACCUAGCUCAACAGACCACGGCAUUAAAGAUGAGUGGCAUAACGAAGAACGAGGGGAUAGCGGGGACAGAGAGGUUCGCUAGCCCGGGGAAGGGCAGGGGACUGCGGGCUGUGAAACACUUUGCUGUCGGAGACCUCGUGUUCGCCUGUCCUGCCUAUUCCUACGUGCUGACGGUGAACGAGAGAGGAGCGCACUGUGAAUACUGCUUCACCAGGAGGGAAGGCCUCUCCAAAUGUGGCAAGUGUAAACAAGCUUACUACUGCGAGAUCGACUGCCAGAAGGGAGACUGGCCCAUGCACAAGUUGGAGUGUACAGCCAUGUGUUCCUAUGGGGAGAACUGGUGUCCAUCAGAGACCGUCAGAUUGGUGGCCAGAAUCAUCAUGAAACAGAAAGUAACAACAGAGCGGACACAGUCAGAGAGGCUGUUACUCCUCAGCGAGUUUGAAGCUCACCUGGAUAAGUUGGACAUUGAGAAGAAUGAGAUGAAUCAGACAGACAUAGCAGCACUGCAUCAUUUCUACUCUAGACACAUAGACUUCCCUGAUGACCAAAGCCUCACUGUGCUCUUCGGACAGGUAAACUGUAAUGGCUUCACCAUAGAGGAUGAGGAGCUGUCUCACCUGGGCUCUGCUGUGUUCCCUGAUGUAGCGUUGAUGAACCAUAGUUGUAGUCCUAACGUCAUCGUAACCUAUAAGGGGACAGUAGCAGAGGUACGAGCCGUGCAGGACAUCCAGCCUGGAGACGAGAUCUUCAACAGUUACAUUGACCUGCUCUACCCGACGGACGACAGGAACGAGAGACUGAGAGAUUCUUACUUCUUUACCUGCGUGUGUGAUGAGUGUGCCACCCGGUCUAAGGAUGGCGCUAAGAUGGAGCUUCAUAAGAUGAACUCUCCCCCACAGCCAGAGGAGGUUCGAAAGAUGGUUCACUACGCCAGGAAUGUUAUUGAAGAGUUCCGUAGGGCCAAGCACUACAAGACCCCUAGUGAGCUGCUGGAGAUCUGCGAGUUGAGCCAGGAGAAGAUGGGCUCUGUAUUUGCAGACACUAACGUGUACAUGCUGCAUAUGAUGUACCAGGCCAUGGGAGUGUGUCUGUACAUGCAGGACUGGGACGGAGCCAUGAGCUACGGAGAGAAGAUCAUUCAACCAUACAGUAUCCACUACCCAGCCUAUUCUCUGAACGUGGCCUCCAUGUACCUGAAACUGGGCCGACUAUACCUGGGACUGGAGAGGAAGAACCAGGGAGUCAAGGCGUUAAAGAAGGCGAUCGCCAUCAUGGAAGUGGCUCAUGGGAAGGAUCACCACUACGUAACAGAGGUCAAACAAGAGGUGGAGGAGCUGAAGUAAGGAGGAGGAGGAGGAGGAGGUGAAGAAGAGGAAGGAGUGAGGAGGUGGAGGA